UGUUAAAUAGCUACGUUCAAACAGAAGACGAACAAUUUUUGUGUUAAGCUAAGGUUGUCGAAAGAAAGAGUUCUCCGUCUAGAAUCUAAUGGAACUACGAAAUGUGUUAGAAAAAUUUGUAUUUUGUCAUCUUGUCAUCGGAAUACCGGGAGUACUGUCAAACAUCGAGUAAUUAAUAGUCGUUAAAACCAGAGUAAUCAUACUGACAAAUUAUGGGUGAUGGCAAGGAAGGCGAGCGGCAGCCGCUAUUGAAAAAUGAAAAUGUUACUUAUAGUUCACUCGGUAUCGACGUAAUAAUUGAACCAGAUUCAACAGUCAGUACAGUAUCUCCAAUAGGUCCAAAUGAAUUACCUCCGCCAUAUGAGCCAGCUGAUCAGGGUGGUAUGCCAAUGGUUACUUGUAGAGUAUGCCAAGCUAUGAUAGAUAUUACAGGCAAGCGAGAGCAACAUGUUGUUAAAUGUUGUCAGUGUAAUGAAGCAACGCCUAUAAAAAAUGCUCCACCUGGAAAAAAAUAUGUACGAUGUCCAUGUAAUUGCCUUUUAAUAUGUAAAAGUUCUUCCCAACGUAUUGCUUGUCCAAGGCCAAAUUGUAAGCGUAUUAUCAAUCUCGCUCCAAGUCCCAUAACACCACCGGUUCUAUCUAUGCCAGGAAUGUGCAGGGUAUGCUGUGCCCAUUGUCAUGAUACAUUUUUGUUUAACACAUUGAAUAAUGCUUUAGCUCGAUGUCCACAUUGUCGCAAAAUAUCUUCUGUUGGUCCAGACUUUGCUAGAGGUCGUGGUAUUGCUUUUAUUAUUGUUGGCAUUAUAGCUUUGGUAAUUGCUAUUGCUGUAACGGUUGGAACAUAUGCAUUUGUCAAAACUAAUGGAGGGAUUUAUGUAGCUUAUGUUGGUGCAUUUUUGUUAGCCCUUCUUUGCUUAGGACGCAGUAUUUAUUAUUGCACAAUGAAGAUCAGUCUAAUAGAAGGUCCUAUGUAGUUGUUCCAGAAACUAUCGAUGAUUAGAAUAUGAAAAUCGAUUCUUUUAACAUCAUUACUGUAUAAUCUAUAUCGUAUAAUAUAAAUCAAAUAUUUAUAGUAACAUGACAUUAGUCCUUGUAGGACCAAGGUGAUAUCUUUAUGCAUGUAAAUGUAUGCCUAUGUAUGCAUGCGUGCUACUAAUGACGAAUACGCGUAUACUUACACAUGCAUAUACAUGCAAAUAUGUUAUAACAAAGAGAAAGUGAAUCAACCUAAGUAAUACUUCUUGCAUGCAACUAUAUGAAAUGAAAAUAUAUUAGGAAUUAAAGAGGGUUUGUGGUGUUCGAUGAAGCGUUCCUCUGCAUUUUUAUAUAUAUAAAUCUGUAUAAGCGUAGGAACUUAACACGAUGACUCAUUUAUUUUGUUUUUAUAUUCGUAAUAAUUAUGUCAUAAAUGCUUUGUACAUGUAUAUCUUUGUGGUAUCUAUAUAAGAUUCACAUAGAUUAUCCGUUGUAUUUAUUCCAGUUAUACGUGCUGAUAUACGUGCAUGAGACACUAAUAAAAAUUAUGUUUUCAAACUUA